GACCUUCCAGGCCAACGCAGCUGCCGAGUUUCGAUCCAGCGACGCCAAAGCUCCUUCCUUCAUCCACCCCACCGGCGACCAGCCAGGAAAUGGCGGAAACGAGCUCCCUGCCGGUGACGGACGACCUCUUGGCGGAGAUCUUCCUCCUGCUGCCCACCCCGGCCGACCUCGUCCGCGCCUCCGCGGCCUGCGUCGCCUUCCGCCGGCUCGUCACGGACCGCGCAUUCCUCCGGCGCUUCCGCUCCCUCCAAGCCCGGCCCUUCCUCGGCUUCCUCAACCACAACGGCUUCCACCCCGCCCGCCCGCCCCACGCCUCCGCGCCCGUCGCCCACGCCGUUUCCCUCGCCGCGGAUUUCUCCUACUCCUUCCUCCCUUCCCACGACAGCUGGAUCGUCCGGGACGUCCGCGACGGCCGCGUCCUCCUCGACCGCACCCCAGAGGACGACGCUGGCGAGGAUUCCCCUGUCUUCACGGAGCUCGCGGUGUGCGACCAUCUCCACCGGCGGUGCCCCCAGCUCCCCCCAAUCCCUGACGACCUAGCUGCUUCGGUGGAGCACCCACUCCGCGUGGAGUUGGAGCGCUGGUGCGAGCCCUUCCUGGCUCCCCCAGGCGAGGAUGAGGCGGAAGAAACGUCAUUCAGAGUGAUCUGGAUGGCGCAGUGCAAAACGAAGCUGGUCGCCUUCGUCUUCUCUUCAAGCACGGGAGAAUGGCGAGCCGUUGCGUCUCAGGUCUGGGGCGAUUUGUUAGUGGGCACCGGCGUGUCGACGGCGUCCUCCAAGAGCCCUGUGUUCUUUGGCCGACAAUACGCUUGUGCCUGCUUCUACUGGGUCAUGGACUGGAGGCAGAAAUUGCUCAUGCUUGACACAAGGAGGAUGGAGUUCUCCAUUGCCGACCUCCCACCUGGCUGCCGAAGGCCACCGAUUGCCAUUGUGGAUGCUGGGGAAGGCAGACCUGGGAUGUUUGCUGUCCGUGAACACGAUGCAGAUGGCACAUUUGACCUCUAUUAUACCAUUAGGCAGAUCCAAGGUCCGAGUUUCAACCAGUGGCAGAUGGAGAAGACGAUCCCAUUGGAAUCCGGGUACCGGUAUUACCUGAGAGGUGCAACAGAGAGGUAUUUGCUACUACUAAGAUCCGAAGAUGACUCCGCAAGUUCAUCAUCGUUAGCGAUGUCAGACUUGGAAUGUUUCUCACUGGACGUCAAGACAUUGCAUCUUGAGAGCAUCUGCAGGUUGAAGCAUCACAUCCUACGCGCACACAUAUAUACCAACUUCCCACCAUCGCUGUCGUCACAGACAAUAUGAAAGGGAUUCAGUGGAGUCAUAGUCACUAGCCAGAGCAGCCAUUCGAAUCCAGAACUCAAAGUGAUUGGUGUGAUCUUGUUGUAUGAAGUGUUGGGUUAAUUAUGUGGCCACAUUCUCAUGGCCAUCCCAGCAGUUGUCAAUGCAGGUGUGCGUGUAAGAUGCAUUAUUGUGAAUCGAUUGUGCAUCAGGGUUAUAAGUAUAUAUUAUUGUUUCCUGCUCAGAACAUGUAUGUCGUCUGGCCCUAGACAUGAGACUGAGAACAAUCCUUUCGUUUCCUUCAAGACUUAUUAUGUUAUGAAAGAAGAACACAGGGAAAUACUGUAACUUGUCCAUGCAGGUCAGUGAUCGAUCUGCAUAUUUCAAAGAUUUCAAAUCCAGCAA